UGCCCUGCGGUCCCGCGAGUGUUCCGAGCCGUCAGGAGGAGCAGGGGCCGGGGGCCUUGGAGCGAACGAACGGAAGUGUGGGUGACUGUCAGAGACUUCGCCGCCAAGCUGGGAACCGGGGAGAUGGCCGAGACCGACCCCAAGACCAUGCAGGACCUCACCUCGGUGGUGCAGACCCUCUUGCAGCAGAUGCAGGAUAAAUUUCAGACGAUGUCUGACCAGAUCAUUGGAAGAAUCGAUGACAUGAGUAGUCGCAUUGACGAUCUGGAGAAAAACAUUGCAGACCUCAUGACGCAGGCUGGGGUCGAGGAACUGGAAGGUGAAAACAAGAUACCUGCCACACAGAAAAGUUGAAGGUUGCGGAUAAAUUGCACUGAAAUCUGGAACACCAUUUUCCAAGCCACGAGAAGACCAAAUGGCUUUCUGCAACCUACCACUAUG